GCUGCUGCCGCCGCCGCCUACAAGCGUGCCAGCCGCAAGAACGCCCCUCGCCGCUUCGCCUGUGACUGGCCUGGCUGCGACAAGAUCUACUCGCGCUCAGAGCACCUCCAGCGCCAUCUCCUCAACCACGCCCCUCGCGAGAUCUACGCCUGCGACGAGCCGGGGUGCGACCACAAGUUUGUCCGCUCAGACCUCCUCGCCCGCCACAAGAAGCGGCACUCGCCCACCUACAUUCCCCGCACCCGCAACAGCAGCGUCGUCGAAAAUGUCGCCCAGCCGUACGAGCAGCACUUUGUGCACACGCCCCAGCAGUUCACCAAUCCCUUCAGCAUGCCAGUUUAUGCCACACAGACAUCAGCUAUCCGGAACCAGAUGCCCCUGGAAGGCAUGCCUCCGGCAGCGUCGACAUAUCCCACACAUAUCCCAACCACAACCUGGGAGGAGGUGCCGCGCCAUCCCCAGCUUGAUGGCUCGUUCCUGGCUGUGCCUUCCCACACGUCGAGCCGCGAAUCCAGUCAGGCGUACUCGGCUGGCAGCUAUAUGGCUGAUCACGACUUACCCGGGCCCGCCGUUGGUCCGCGGGACGCCUCAUCAGAGGACUUUGCCGUGUGGCUGUUUGACUCGCAACAGAUCCAGAACGACCAGCGCACGUGGGCGGCGCCCCUCGUGGAAAGCGGUCUUGAGUCUGCCUUCGACAGCAAAAUACACUUCGAGCAGGACCCCGCGCGCAGACCCCAGCCUCAGCCGGACGCAUCGCAGGUCGCCGCCGUGAGCAGGGAGGCGGACAGUGCACUCUGCCCUGAGCGUAGGGACGAGCUGAUCCGGUGGAUCCAGGGUUUUCUGCAAGAGCAACCGACAUAUCAGGCGAUGAUGCCGGGACUCAUGUCGGGAGCUACCGACGGCGACAUCCCCAACAUCACUGUCGAAGUCUUGCGAGCGUGCGUGCAGCAGUUCUGGUAUUCCGUCGCGCCACGCAUGCCCAUUGUGCAUCAGCCCAGCUUUGCCUUGGGAUCAUGCCCCCCGGCACUGCUCUUGGUGAUUAUCGCCCUUGGCGCCUCGCAGAUGGAGUCGAGCAGCAGCAGCAUUCCGAUUACCCAGUACCGCGCCCUCGCCGACCUCAUCAUCACGUGUGUCCGAUGGGAGAUCCUCACGGCCGACGAGGCCUCGCCACCGAUAGAGCUCUGGGUGGCGCAGGCGCUGGUCCUGGUAGAGUUCUACGAGAAGAUGUACUCUACCAGGAAACUCCACGAGCGAGCCAACAUCUAUCACACGGCCAUGAUUACCCUGCUGCGCCGAGGAAGUCCCCUGAUCGGACAGGCGGCUGCCGAGUCACCGCCAGACGAACACCCGCCACACUAUAAUUCCGAGCAUUGGCCGUUGACGGGUGACUCCCGAGAAGCAUGGGCCCGUUGGGCCCAGACGGAGGCGAUGCACAGGGUCGUCUAUGGGGCAUUCAUGAUGGACAUUAUCCAUGCGGCCAUGUUCGGACACACGGCGGACAUGGCACCACAAGAGAUUCGUCUCCCCCUGCCGUGUGACGACCGGCUGUGGACGGCACCGACGCCACAGGCCUUCCGGCAGAUCGACGUCAACCUCAAGUCUCACGGCACGCAAAGCCCGGAGCAGUUCCUGCUCGGCCUCAAGUGCGCCAUCCACGGCAAGGACAUCAACACGCACCCCUUUGGCAGGAUGAUCAUCAUGUGCGGCCUGCUCAGCGUGGGGUGGCACCUGCGGAACCGCGAGACGCACCUGAAAUGGCUCGAGCUGCACUCGAGCUCGUCGACCACGCGGGAGCAGUGGUCGCGGAUGCUGCUGCGCGCGUUUGACGGGUGGAAGGCGAGCUUUGACCGGACACUGAGCUUCCCCGACGCGGCGUUACAGGCACCGCCGCACAGCGGGGGGUCCCGGGGGGGAGGGGCGGCGGCGGCGUCGCAGGCCAACGGGCUGAUUGAGAGCGCGGCGCUGCUGUACCACCUCGCGCGGCUCAGCCUGUACGCCAACAUUGUCGACUGCCAGGUGUACGCUGGAGCGAAGCGGGUGCUGGGGCGCAAGAUCUCGGCCCAGGAAUACGGCAACGUGGUGUCCAGGAUGCACCGGUGGGCGACUCAGCCAUCGACACGCCUCGCGGUGCUGCACUCGUUCAAGCUGCUGCGCAGGGUGCUCCUGGCGGACGACCGCAGGCCAUCGGUGAGCGCCGAGCACCCGCUGACAAACGAUUACGCCGCCGUCCCGACGGGCUCGCUGUACUCAUGCUUUGGCGACACGGAUCCGCACCGGCCGUGGUGCAUCUACUAUGCGACUCUGUGCAUCUGGACAUAUGUCCAGGCGCAGCCUCCACGGGACACCCAGAACAGCAAUAACAACAACAGCAACUUGACACCUUCAGGCGCUACAGCUGGCCACGCGCGGCCGCGAUCCCGGGCGUGGCGAGCACCGACAAGCGCGGCGCCGGGCCAGGGAGCGAUUGAGUACCUCAGCCGGAUGGCGGCGCUGCACGACCUGGACCCGGACACGACGGGACAAAGCCUUGCCGAGGGUCUGCCGGAGCUGCUGGACCUGGUGAUGAGCGUGCUGGCCGAGGCGCGGUCCGAGAUCCUGCGCGAGGCGCAUCACCGGCUUGUCGUGUGUCGGGAGACGCUG